AUGAUGACCAAAAUAAAAUUCUCUCUUUGACCAAAAAAUACUAGCAGAGAAAAAGAAAAAAAAAAAAAGAAGUAGAGAGAGAAUAGGGUUGUAAGAAAAAGGGAGCUUGGUGGCCCUAGAGUCUAGUGAAACGAUGUAGCUGCAAAAACUGUUAUAUAUGUGCCUCCUUCUCCCACCCUCAAUCUACUCUAUUCUAUAUUUCUAUUUCCCAACGUACUCACUCACUCACUCAGCCUCAACCCCCAACCACCAACACAACGCAACACAACACAACAACCACAUAGCAGUACAUAUAUAAAUAAAUAUAAAUAAUAAUAAACUCAGUGCAUGAUCCACACCAAUGGCUUCAGCAUGUGUCAACAACAUAGGAAUUACUUCUUCAAUUUCACCUGCUGAUACUUUCUUCCCAUGGGAACCUGAACCUGAUUUCGAGUUCCGUCUUCAAGAUCCCGUUACUAUGCUCCCCGCCGAUCAACUCUUCUCCGACGGUAAACUCGUUCCUCUCCACUUCAAACCAACUACCUCCUCCGCCACCACUUCUCCUACAAAAAUCAACACCUCCAUAACAACUACCUCUGAUCCUAUUCUCUUCUCUCCUAAAGCACCUCGUUGCUCUAGUCGCUGGAAAGAUCUCUUAGGUUUCAAAAAACUUUACAAUAACUCUACCACAACAACAAAAACAACGACAAUGUCUUCUUCUUCAUCCUCUAACAAAUCGUUUAAGCAACUACUUAACCGUCAUAGCAAAACGACGUCGAAUUUGGAUAACGGUUCUCUGAAUCUUCCUUUGUUGAAAGACUUAGACAAUGAAUCACUCUCGAUCUCUUCUCGUCUCUCGCUUUCUUCAUCUUCUUCGAGUCACGACCACGACGAUCUCCCACGUCUUUCUCUUGAUUCAGAGAAACCUAACCCGAUUUCGAUUCACCGGAAUCCAAACCCGAAUCCGAAUCAGAAUCCAAGGAUCCGGUUAGUGAAACCAAAAGCUGGUUCGGGUUCAGGUUCGGGUUCAUUUGAUGGAAACAAAACGGAUCAGCAUAAUAUUAACAGUAACACAAACCGGGUCGGGAGGAGUCCGAUCCGGAUGGAGUCAUCAUCUAAUACGCAAGGGUGCAGAGGAGUUUCAGUGGAUAGCCCUAGAUUGAACUCAUCAGGGAAGAUAGUUUUUCAGAGCUUAGAACGAAGUUCGAGUAGUCCAGGUAGUUUCACUGGUGGGCCCCGCUUUAAGCACCGUGGAAUGGAACGGUCUUAUUCGGCUAAUGUUCGGGUUACACCGGUUCUUAAUGUCCCGGUUUGUUCUUUACGUGGCGGUUCGAAAUCCGGUUCGGUUUUUGGGUUCGGUCAGCUAUUUUCUUCGCCGCAGAAAAGAGAAUCUACUACAAUUGGUGGGGGUGGUAAUAGCAAGAAUUAUCAUCAUCAUCAGCAUCAACAACAACAACACCAACACAGUGUUAGGCAUCAACAACAGAAACAACACCCUUAGAGAAAGAGGGUAACGGUUAAUUCUUAAUUAGGAUUUUUUUUGUUUUGGUUUUUGCCCUUUUUUUUAAGGUUAAUCUAUGUUCUUGAAGUAUGAUUUUGGAAUGAAAAUAUUGCAAGAGGAAGGACAUUGUUAAUUUUUGAGGGGUUGGUUGGUUAACAGGUUUUAGAUUUAGAUUAAUUAAUGUAAAUAAGCAUGACAAGGUUGGAUUUUUAGAAGAUGUUGUUGAUUAUGUUUUUCAUAAUGAUUAUUAGGAUCUAGUUCUU